AUGGCGAAGCCCAAUGCUUUCAAGCAGGAUUGGAACGAGGCGGGUCUGUACCGGGACGUCCUCAUUGCCACGCUCGAGCACUCUUCCCUUUCGAAGGGAGAUAUCAUCCAGAUUGCUGAAAAGGCCAAGGCUAUUGGAGGCUGGGAGUUCUCAGCUUCCGGACUUUACAACGUCUUUUCCACGGAAUCUCGCAUAUUGUCUCCCCUUUCCAUCAUGUCUGACCGCACCGUUUGGACCGCUCAGGCUCACCAGGACCUGCUGGUGGCUAUCGUGACCAAUAUCACGCUCACCGACGUAGAGUGGAAGAAGAUCAACCCUGAGCUCUGCGCAAAGGGUUACAACUACACAUACAAGGCUGCUGUUCAGCACCUUCAGAAGCUGAAGCGCAAGGAGACUGCCUCCGGUGGCGGCAACAGCGAGCCUAGCUCGUCCAAGAAGUCAACUCCCGCUAAGCGUGUCCGUCAGACCGCUGACGAUGACGAGGAGACUCCGACCAAGAAGGGUCGUACUUCGGCUGGCGGCAAGAAGAAGAAGACUCCCGCCUCCGAGUCCGUCAAACAGGAGGAGAACUUCGAGGGUUAUGCUGUGAAGCACGAGCCUACCGAGUACGACGACGAUGGCGACGUCUAG